GAAAAUAAAUAAAAGUAUAAAUUACACCAAAUAUUUGCCAAUAAAAAGUAAUUCAAUAACUUACAGUGCAGUUAAGCGAUGGCAACAAAAAUUUUUAGUUACGAGAAGGAAUUGAAUCAAUGCCGAAAUGUUGAAAAACAAAAGUCCCAACCACAAAGUAUUACUGCAAAAAUCACGAAUGCAUACUUUGCGCAUACAAUGCAACUGGCGCCACGAGCACAGCUAACAUACAUUUUAGAUCACCUUCACUUUCCUGCUUUCCAUGUCAUCACAUCCGCCACCAACAUGUCCGAUGAAACAUAUAAAAUGCGGUCACCCUCCUAUGCCACCACUGAUGCAGUGGUUUUGGAAUUGAAACGUAAAACUCAAAUAAUUAAAAUGUUGCACGUUGGUAGCCACCACUUGGACUGUCGUAGUUUUUUCUAUCUCGCACUACUGGUGCUGAUCUACUGUUGUGUGCUGAUAAGUGCUUCAACAGCGGCACGAACCGUUAAUGGCUUAGAUGAAGCGCAAGGUAGUUCAUCUAAUGUAUUGCCAGGAAGAACUAUGAUAAGAACACAACUGAACGAUACCCACUCCUCGUCUUCUUCGACAAUACCUUCUUCUGCAGUGGCAGCUGCCGAUUUUCUUAAUACGUCUAAUAUUACCGAAUUAAGUGAACCUUUAAAUAGACAUCGUCUUAAACGCGAUGUUAUACAUGUGCCUGAUGAUGAUGAUGACUCAAAUUACCACGACGAUGAAUUCGAUGAAUAUGAUGCUUUAAUUAAUAACAAAAGUGCAAAAGGAAAAUAUAUCGGAGCUCCGUGCAAUAACAUGAAAUGUGAGCCAAGACUUUUGCAUGUCACCUGCGAUAAAGAAACAUUAAUUUGUGGCUGUGAAAAAAAUUAUCCCGUGCAACUUGGUUUAACCACAGGUUGUGCAAAACCGAAAAAACUAGGUGAACAAUGUUUCUACGAUAAAACAUGCAAGUACAAUGAUGAAAACUCACUCUGUGUUCAGGUGCGUCAUAAUGCACUUUGCGAAUGUGCCAGUGGUUUUCAUUCCGUCAGCUAUACAAAACCCACAAAAAGGGUAUUUUGUACACAAGAUUUAAAAGAACUGACCUCAGAUUUGCCCACUUUAUUGGGUGUUAGUACAGGGAUUGCAGUUUUAGCAGGUCUUAUCUGUAUGGUGCUACAUUUAUUCAGUAAAACCAAAUAUCCAAGACAUCGGAAUUUUGGUGAUGCAAAUUUGCCACCACCUAUAAUGUAUUCAAGUGAUACAGGUAUACCAUUAACAGUGCAAUCCGGUCGACCAUCAUCUCGUUCUAGUCUACGUUCUAGUGGUUCAAUUGGUUCGUAUGGUAAUCGACGUGCAUCUUCUGCUGGCGCUACAACAGCAGGUUCAAAAGGAAUAUUAGUAUCAACAUCACGAACAGGUGCGGCAAGAUCGGCCGCCAUAUUGCUUAUAUCAUGCCACAUUUCAGCACUGUCUAAACAAAAUUCUCAAGCUACAUCGCGACAAACCUCCGGCGCUGGCUGCAGUGCUAAUUCACGCGAUAAUCUCGAUGAAAAUGGUUCAGAUGCGGGGAGUCGUAGUUGCGAUAGCACUCUCUCAAUGACGCGUCAUCUACAAAAACAAUUGAACCAUCAGCGUCAUCUGCUUAGCCUUGAACUAUCACCUGCUAAAACAAAAAAUCAUGAUAGAAUUAGAGCAUUGUUGGGCAUUAAUGGAAUUGAUAAUUAUAGAACUGAUGACGAUGAUUUAAAUAAUUUAGAAAAUGGCAAUCAGCACCUACAAAUAGGUGCAGUGCCGACGCCAGCCAGCGUUACGCCUAAAUUUGCGUUAGGUUCACGAAGACCAAGUCUAGCAUCAGUGCAUAGCACUAGUUCGUCCGUGCGCAGUUAUAGUAUGAUGCGUUUCGAAAAGGAAGUGCAACAGAAAGAAAUACGUCAGGAGAUGAAAUUACGUUUAGCACGUCUACAGCAGCAACAACAAUUAACACAAAAUAGACCACAAAUUAUAAUCGGUGAUGGCUUGGGUAUGCAGCAUAGCACUUUAAAUAGGAUCAGUAUGCCAACGCCAAGUCCAUUAACGCCAAAUUCAACGGAUGAGCUUUUACCAUCUGUAGAUGAAACACAAGAGUAUAUAACGAUUACCGCAAAGUCUGAUUUAAAACCUUCUAUGUCAGAAACACCAACUGUUGCUGGGGCAACAUUAUCAGCAAUUAGACAAAUUGCAACAAACAAUAUUCCAGGCUCAACAACUGGCCCAAUUGCAACGAUCUUUCCAUCUGGAAAAACAAUAAAACAAACGCAAUUUGCAGAUAGCGCAGCUUAUAUUGGUCCUUGCAGUACUUCGACUGAGGCGCUUUAAAAGAACUUCUAAAAAUUAUAAUCGCUAAAAACGUAGCUGUCCAACUAAGAGUAGGAUAAUGUUUAAAAAUAAAAGAAGAAGAGUACGUGACGAUUUUUAAAAAU